AUGUCUGAAUUUCUUGGCUCUCGCAUAUCCCUCAUCUCGAAGAGUGAUAUCCGCUAUUCGGGUGUAUUGCACGAGAUCAAUUCAGAAGAGUCGACAGUCUCUCUGGAAAAUGUCAAGUCGUUCGGUACCGAGGGCCGCAAGGGUAACCCUGAAGAAGAGAUAGCACCUUCUGACCAGGUCUACGAGUACAUCGUCUUUCGCGGUAGUGACGUGAAAGACUUGCGGAUCGAGCAAGCUCCUAUUCCUCCCAAAGAAAACCAACCUCCUAAGGUUCCAGAUGAUCCUGCUAUUGUUGGAGCUCGUACUCGUCCUGCAGGCAUUCCGCCUGGUCCAGGAGCUCCAGGCUACGGCCAAAGUCCGUAUCAACCCAACCCGUUCUAUCCCCCGCCUCCUGGACAAUGGGGACGUGGUGGUCCGGGUCCCGUUCCGGGUCAAGGUUUUCAUGGAAUGCCCUAUCCACCCCCUCCUGGCUGGUUUCCUCCCAACCAAGGGUUCCCGGCUGGUGGACCUGGAGGUCCUGGUCCGUGGAAUAGCUUUGGAUACCCGCCUGCACCUGGACCUCAAGGGCCUCAAGGACCCCCUGGUGUGUCUGGUGUGCCUGGCGUUCCUGGCCAAGGAAUGAGAGGAACGCCCCAGCAGGAAAAUAACAAGCCUGCUCCUAUUGGCGCAGGCGUCGACAAACAAAGACUGGUUGGUAACCCCGCGGUUGAACUACCUACGGAACCUAAGUCACUUGCACAGCAACCUAUUCAGCCCGCCUCAACGAGUGCUGCCCCGACCCCGCCGGUCGAGUCGAAGCCUACCGCAGCGGAAGUCAAAGCUACUGCAGAAUCUCUAUCCACAACGAACACCCCUCCGACCAAUGUCUCUGAGAAGAAGGCCGUUCCAACCGGCCCUAAGAACAACCGAGUCCUCCCCGCCGUGCCGAUUCAGGCCGCAGUCACUCCGAAAAUUGCCCCCCAAGUUACUGCCGCCGCUUCUGCAGUUAAACCUGCAGGAGGGCAAGCUGCUACUCAGGCUGCACUUAAAGAUGCCACCCAAGCCGCAAAGGAAGCAGUUGCUGUCGCGAUGGCGAAGCUUAAUAACUCUGCCGCUGCUGCUGAACCCCCUGCACAGAAUGGUAGCGCAAUGGAUAACUUGACUAAGAAGGUCAAUGAGAUGAGAAUGAACGCUCCCAGACCCUCAACAAACGGUAGGGGACGUGGCCGAGGUGGACGUUCCGGUGGAUCAAGCAAGGUCAACGUUCCGGAUUCCGACUUCGACUUCGAAGCUGGCAACGCAAAGUUCAACAAGCAAGAUCUCGUGAAAGAGGCUAUCGCGGGUUCGCCUCUUGCUGAGGUCGUUCCUAAUGCUCCAGCCCCAGAGCAAGUGCAGGUCGACGAUUCCGCACCUCCUGUUGCCUAUAACAAGACUAGAUCGUUUUUCGACAACAUUUCCAGCGAGGCUAAGGAUCGUGCCGAGAACGGCGGCCAGAAGCCUGGCGGGCGAGAGUGGCGCGGCGAGGAGCAGCGCAAGAACAUGGAGACUUUUGGCCAAGGAAGUGUCGAUGGUGGCUACCGUGGUGGUUACCGUGGUCGGGGUCGUGGCGGACGCGGUGGUCCUCGCGGUCGUGGCUUUGCUCCUCGAGGAAGAGGGAAUGCGUACCGCCAACCCGCAGAACAAUGA